ACAACUGUCUCAGCCUCCGGUUCACCUUGGUGAAGGAAAACCCCGAAAUCAUGGACUUCAGUGGAACAUGGCAGGUCUACGCCCAGGAGAACUAUGAGGAGUUCCUCAGGGCCAUGGAACUCCCAGAAGAUAUCAUUAAGAUCGCCAAGGACAUCAAGCCAAUUACUGAAAUCAAGCAGAGUGGCAACGACUUUGUCAUCACCUCCAAGACCCCUGGAAAGUCUGUCACCAACUCCUUUACCAUCGGGAAGGAGGCUGAUAUCACCACCAUGGACGGCAAGAAGCUCAAGUGCAUUGUCAAUAUGGAGGGUGGCAAGAUGGUUGUCAAAACUGGAAAAUUCUGCCACAUCCAAGAGCUCAAAGGAGGAGAGAUGAUUGAGACUUUGACUAUGGGGUCAGCCACUCUCAUCAGGAGGAGCAAAAAGAUGUAA